AUGGACGUUUCAAAUAGCGAUCUCACCAGCAUCACGGAAAUACGCGACGAAGAAUCAAAUGAUUGCAUUUCUAUCCUAAUUGCUACAGAUAAUCAUUUAGGCUAUUUGGAGAAUGAUCCUAUUCGUGGCCAAGAUUCUUUAAAUACUUUUAAAGAAAUUUUGCAGAUAGCAGAACAAAAUGAC